AUGCUGCCGUACCUGUUCCCCGAUCUGUCCACCUUUACUACAGUCGCCGAUCUUAUCACCCACCUUCGCACUAGUGAUGCUCGCCUGCGUGCCGCCCUUCCCACCGAGUUCUGCGCUAAGAACCCCCCUCCACUGUACUGGACACUCCACUUCAUAGUCACCCAUCUCCCUGACACCCUCCGCUCAGUUCGAGACCACUUCCUUGCUCGCUGUCCCACUGAGCUCACAGUCGCCCUCCUAGAGGAGCACCUGCUCGCGGCCGAAAAGAGCAUUGUAGCUGUCGGUGCUGCUCGUGGCGCUCCUCGCACCCCCAUCUUUGAGGGGUGUUCUCCCUCUCCCCUCGCUCCCUCCUACGCUGCUGCUGCUGCUGUUGACUUCCUUGGUGCUGAGUCUGUUGGCGCUGCUUCUGCUCCUAGUGGGAGGCGCCGCACCGGCAAGGGCAAGGGGGGCAAAAGUGGUGGUGGUGGCGCUGGUGGGGGAGGAGGUGGGGGAGGUGGGGGGGGAGGCGGUGCUGGAGGGAGCGGUGGCGGGAGCGCUGGUGGGAGUGGGGUCGGUGGUGGAGACGGGGGCGGCGGAGGGAGCAGUGGCAGUAGUGGCGGCGGCGGCGGUGGCGGCGGUGGCGGUGGUGGCGGUGGUGGCGGUGGUGGCGGUGGCGGUCGGAGCGGUGGUAGUGGUGGCGGCGGAGGUCGGAGUGGAGGCACUGGCUCUGGCCAGAGCUCCCAGCAGCAGCAGCGUCCCCAGACGACCCAGCAGCUUCGUGAGUGGCUUGCUCAGCGUGGGACGUCGGGGGCCAGUGCCCGCUGUUCUUAUGUCAUUCGCACAGGUGACCGCAAGGGACAGACGUGUGGGAGGUUCCACACCCCGUACCGCUGCUUCUCCCGCCUUGACGACGCUUGGCGUGAGGAGAUGGGUGCGGAUGUUGAGCGCCCCCGCUGGGCUGAGCUCAUGAGGGCUGGUGUUGAUGUCUUUGCUCUUGACUAUGAUGCUAUUAUUGCUGCCAUUGCUGUCCCGGCUGGUUUCGAGUCUGCUCUCUCAGGUACCGCACUGGCUGAGGCCUGUCACACCUUCACCCUUGACUCAGUCCUUGCCCAGUCCACCACUGUCCUCCCUUGUCCGGCGGUUCCGUCUGGCUCGUUGUCGGGUUUCCACCUCCCCUCGUUCUCGACGAACCUGGUGAGCAACGCUGUCCUCCAGGAUCAGUGGGUUGACACCUUUACCCCUGGCGGACAGCGUGUGGCGAUCUGCACGUGCUCCAGGACCGGCCGUCACCUGGCUACGUUCACCCGUCGGCCGGGGUCGAGUCUCUACACACUGACCACUGCGUCUCCCCAGGUAGCUGCUGUCGGUCAGGUGUCUGCGUCAGGUCUGGUGGCCCACGCCUGUGAGUGUCGUUCCCUGUCGCACCAGACUCUUCUCUGGCACCACCGCCUGGGUCACCCCUCCUUGCCACGCCUUCGUGGCAUGCACCGUCGCCUCCUUGUGUCCGGUCUUCCCAGGUCCCUCCCUCCCCUCCCUGCCUCGCCUGCGCCGCCUUGCCUUCCUUGCGUCGAGGGGCGGCAGCGCGCCGCUCCUCACUCCUCCUCGUUCCCCCCGACAGAGGCUCCUCUGGAGACCCUCCACCUGGACGUGUGGGGCCCAGCCCGCGUUCGUGGUCAGGGCGGUGAGCGGUAUUUUUUGCUGGUUGUCGACGACUACUCGCGUUACACCACGGUCUUCCCCUUGCGCACCAAGGGUGAAGUCCCUGCUGUUCUGAUCCCUUGGAUCCGCAUGGUUCGUCUCCAGCUCCGCCGCCGUUUCCGGACGGAUCUUCCUGUCCUGCGUCUGCACUCUGACAGAGGUGGUGAGUUUUCCUCCGACCUCUUGAGGACCUUCUGUCAGGCGGAGGGCAUCGAGCAGACCUUCACGCUUCCGGACUCCCCACAGCAGAAUGGGGUUGCUGAGCGUCGCAUUGGCCUGGUCAUGGAGGUCGCUCGUACCUCCUUGGUCCACGCGGCGGCUCCCCAUUUUCUGUGGCCGUUUGCUGUCCGGUACGCCGCGCAUCAGCUCAACCUCUGGCCCCGUGUCUCCUUGCCGGAGACCUCGCCCACACUGCGUUGGACGGGGGAGGUUGGCGAUGCGUCGCGCUUCCGGGUGUGGGGUGCUCGUGCCCUUGUCCGCGAUACGUCUGCGGACAAGCUCUCCUCCCGCACGCUUCCCUGUGUCUUCCUUGGCUUUGUCCCUGACGCGCCUGGCUGGCAGUUUUACCACCCCACCUCGCGCCGGGUCUUCGCCUCUCAGGAUGUCACCUUUGACGAGUCGGUCCCCUUUUACCGUCUCUUCCCCUACCGCACUGCCCCCCUCCCUCCCCCGCCGCUUUUCCUUGCUCCUGGUCCCCCUCCGGUAGACCCCCUUCCCCCUCAGGGUCCUGCUCCUUCAGGUGUCUCUCAGGUAGACCCUCCUCCCGUCGCUGAGCCUGUCGAGGUCACAGGUGACUCAGGUGCUGCUGCGGGUGGUGCUGCUGGGAGUGCUGAGCCUGGGGGUGCUGAGCCUGGGGGUGCUGGGCCUGGGGGUGCUGGGGCUGCAGGUGCUGGGACUGAGGGUGCUGGAGCUGAGGGUACGGUGCCUGAGAGUACGGAGCCUGGGGGUGCUGCGCCUGGGGGUGCUGAGCCUGCGGGUGCGAGGCCUGGGAGUGCUGGGACUGCGGGUGCUGGGGCUGAGGGUACUGUGCCUGAGAGUUUGCCGCCUGGGGGUGCUGAGCCUGGGGGUGCUGCGACUGGGGGUGCUGAGCCUGCGGGUACUGAGCCUGCGGGUACUGAGCCUGGGGGUGCUGCUACUGAGCCUACGGAGCCUCGGGUUACUGUGUCUGGGGGUGCUCCGGUUCGGGGUGCUGAGCAGUCUCUCACACCGCAGCAGCUUCGUGACUGGUACGUCCGACGCUUUCGCCGUCCUAGUGGCUCGGCUGGAGUUGGGGGUGCUGGAGUUGCUCGUCCUGGGGGUGCUCGUACUGGGGGUACUGGAGCUGCCGGGACUGGCUGUUCUGGGAGCGCUGCGACUGGAGCUGCUGGAGCUGGGGACUCUGGCGUUGGCGGUGCUAGCGGAGUUGGAGCUCCCGACUCUGGGGGUGGCGCUGCUGCUGGUGCUGCGGACCCACCUGGUGGAGCUGCUGCUGGUACUGAGGAGUCGGACGGUGGAGCUGCUACUGGUGCUGAGGACCCGGCCGCUGGAGUCCCUUCUGCUUCUAGAGACGCUGCGCGGCCGCGACCAGCGUCGUGA